AGUGGAGGGAUUGGCAGAGGGGGGUGGAGGACACUGAGUGGAGGCCAGUGGAGGGAUUGGCAGAGGGGGGGGUGGAGGACACUGAGUGGAGGCCAGUGGAGGGAUUGGCAGAGGGGGGUGGAGGGCACUGAGUGGAGGCCAGUGGAUGGAUUGGCAGAGGGGGGUGGAGGACACUGAGUGGAGGCCAGUGGAGGGAUUGGCGGUGUGGCGGAGAUGGAGCGGCAGGCCAGUGAGGAGGGAGUUGCAGUAGUCGAGUCGUGAUAUGAUGAGGGAGUGGAUGAGCUGUUUAGGGAUUGGACUUGGGGCUGGAAGGAUAGGUUGGAGUCCAG